CACGAAACCGAAUCAAAUUAAAAGUUUCUCGAGUUGAGCCGAAUAGAAUCGAAUGAAACUUUCGAAAAAGUGGGUUGGAUCGGAUCAAGUCGAAGUGUUUGAAGGUUUGCAGAAGAUAGUCCGGUUCGAAUCGAAUGAAAAAUUUCUUCAGUCGAGUCGAAUUGAAUAUGGUUGAUACGCCUCAUUGAGCUUUUUUUUGCGUUCGAUCGUGUGAUAAUCUUACACGUUAGUGAUGAUUGGUUUACAUGAACAACACAUACAAGAGAACACAACACCAAUUUAGAAAUUGUAAUUAACUUUCUUUAAUUUUUGUAAACGCAUUUGUUAACUAUGAACAUGUAAGCAAACAACGAAUAUGUAUGAUACAAUCUAAUGGUUCGUCGAUAAGUGAAACACUUUCUUGAUCCAUAUUUAUUGACAACUAUACAAAGAGUCUUCUGUCUUGAUAAAUUUCAUAAAAGAAAUAAUAUAUUCAUUCUUAACGAUAGAUAUGUACAGGUAAAGCGACAUGUUUAUCUGUUCAUAUGGAUACUGUUUAAUUAUCUACUCAUUUAUUCUUUUUCAAAUGUUUUUGUUAUCGCUUUUGAAUGAAGGACUAUAAAGAAAACGGUUUUCUAUGAUUUUAUUGUAAAGUAUUUUGGUUAAUUUUCGUAGCAGUUGGUUCUUGCUGAUCUAAUUUUGCGAUAUGCACUCAUGUUGUGAAAUUUCGACUGUUCAAGAAUUAAGUACAGUCUUAUUUUUAGGAACCAUCGGCGUAGAAGUUUUAAGAGCAAUUUUAUUCUGUAAAAUCUGUUUUCUUACAUACGGAUGAUAUUACAGAACUAAAUGAUCAUAAAAAAUGUAUGAAAAUACCAAGUAUAUAAAAGUUGAGAAAAACAGUAGAAUAAAUGUCUAAGGAAAACAGCAGAACAAGUAUAUCAAAUAAGAUGUUUCGAGAAGAGUAGCAUUAUUUCUACUCGUGAUGAAAGUGCAGCCGAAUUGAAAAUCAAGUGCGGUCGAAUCGAUUGAAUAAUUUCUCUUUCGAUUCUCACUCUGGUCUUGAAUAACUUAAACUGUCGAUAUUUAUUAGUCUUUACUUACUAAUCAAAUAAAAUAAAGACUAAUGAACAUCGACAGUUUCAGUUAUUCAAGAAUGCUCCGAAAAAAAAUGAUACAAUUGCAUUUUUAAGGAGAAAAUUUUUCUUAUGAACAUCCAAAUAGCUUCACACUGGAAUUUAUCUAUGCAUAAUAAACAUUUCUGAUUUCGAUAUGCAAUCGAUAGCUUGAUGAGUGAAUAAUACUUUCAAAGAGUGAUUAAUAAUCUUUGAAGAUAUAAAAUAAAAGAAAAAAUUCACUUUUGAACGAGAAGGCGGCACAUAAUCAAAUGUUUUGCAAUAAGGAUGUAGAGAAAAGAAUGAAUAACAGAAUAGAUAACUGAAGGAAUCGAGGAAUAUGGAAUAACGGAAUAACGGAAUAGAGGAAUAAGGAAUGACGGAAUAGAGGAAUAAGGAAUGACGGAAUAGAGGAAUAAGGAAUGACGGAAUAGAGGAAUAAGGAAUGACGGAAUAGAGGAAUAGUGGAGGAAUAUAGAAAUAGUCGAAUAGCGGAACGGUGGAAUAAAAGAAUGAAGGAAUAACGACCGACCGACCGGAAUAUAUUUUGAAGCGCUCCCUUAUGUUAGCAUUCAUUUUGCUUUUUUCUCUAUUUUUUCUGCCCUUUUACAUUGUAUAGAGACACGCUUGCAUUCUUUUUUUCUUAUCUUUUCUUCAUCAUUGACUUUCCUCUCAAUGCUCUCGUCUUCACAUAUAGUUCAGGCAUUUCUCUUGUUCAUUUUUUUUCUCCUGUCGACAACUGCUUUUUUUCCCACAAGUAUGAUAUAGUGGUAGUCGCUUAGAAAUAAAAUUAGAACUUUUUUAUCAAGAAGUUAGAUCGACCAUCGCAUGAAAAAUAUUUGUCUCGCACAACAAAUUUCACUUUUAGAAGACCAAAGUUGAUGUGUCGAAUAAUGUCUAGGCGUAGUUAAAAUGAGAUGUAUAGUUUCUAAGACUUCUUCCAUAUAUGAAAUAUAUUUAGGAGAUUCAGAUGUAUGUAUUCGUUUUCAGAUCAAAUAGAUGUCUGAAGAAUCUUAUUCCAGUUCCGAAGCUAACAAUAUAUCAGAAAUAGGAUUAUCCAAUACCGUCCAUUCCAUUCAACAAAAUGAAAAGAAUAUAACUCUCAUUUGGUUCGACCCUCUUAUGAACACAACUGAUGCCGAGAAAAUGAAGGAAGAAGUUUUGGGACUCAAUGAUGUUCUUUGUCUUGUUGAUAUUGAAUUAUGCAUCACGAAUAUCGAAUCAAGAAAAACGGAGCAGAUUUUUCUUAUAAUACCAAGCAACAUUGCAUUUAAGCUGCUUCCAACAAUUAUCAAACUUUCUCAGUUGGAUUCAAUAUUUAUCUUCCGAGAUAAUCGUGAGGAAUGUAAUCGUUUAUGUACUGACUAUCCCAAAAUUGUGGAUAUUUUUGAUAAUUUCAAUGAACUCAUGAAAUCUGUAAAACAAACUAUCAAGGAGAUUCAGAGACAAAUGGAAGUAAUUUCUUUCUAUGAUCAGCAUCAAAAUGGGGCUCGUGAUUUAUCAGAACAAUCAGCUGAAUUUCUCUGGUGAUAUUGAUUGAGUUAAUUUUUUGUUUUAUAAUUUAUCUUCUUUACAGGUUUCAAUUGUUCAUUAAUGUAAUUCAGCUUUCGCCUCACGAUGAAAAAGCAAAAGAAGAAAUGUUAACUCUUUGUCGAGAGUAUUAUCGAAACAAACAACGAUUACUGAAAGAUAUUAAUGAUUUUGACCAAAAUUAUGAUGCCAAUGAAUGUAUUCGUUGGUAUACAAAAGAUACAUUUGUGUUCGAACUGAUUAAUAAGGCCUUGCGGAGAGAAGAUAUCGAACAACUUUAUAUAUUCCGCUAUUAUAUUGCGGAUUUGUCGAAUCAACUUCGUCAAGAAUGCCAAAAGCUCAAAACAGAAGGAGAAAAAACAAUUAGAUUAUAUCGUGGUACGACAAUUAAUAGAAAAGAAGUCGAAAAAUACAAAGCAAAUGUGGGCAAAUCUUUUGCAAUCAAUGGUUAUUGGUCUACUAGUCUUAAACUUUCAUGUGCACAUGGAUUUGCCAAUAAAGGAAGGUUUCGUCCCGAUACUAUACCAGUAGUAUUUGACAUUGAGUGUCAGCUAAAAAAUCAGAAUGAUUCGAUCAUUGUUGCUGAUAUAUCUAAGUUAAGUGAAUUUCCGAUAGAAGAGGAAUUCUUAUUCAAUGCAGGGUCAGUUUUUUGUAUAGAGAAUGUUAGAGAAGAAAAGAAAGAUGAUACGGAAUCGAUUGUAGUUGAAAUGAGAACAAGUGAGGAAGGACAAGAAAUUGCGAAAAACUAUAUCGAAGAGUUGCGACGAGAGAUGGACUAUGAAAGUCCGAGAAUAAUGCUGGGUAUCUUACUUAGAAGAAUAGGAAAAUUUGACAAAUCAUUACAAUAUUUUGAGGAUCUUUUAAAAAAUCCUGGUGAGGAAAAUGUAUCUCACAUAUAUACUCGAAUAGGGAUUGCUUUGAGAAAUAAAAGUGAAUAUGAUUCUGCUUUAUUACAUUUCAAUAAAGCAUUGGACCUAAUAUAUGAGCCUAAUUCGCAAGAGAGAGUAUACCGAGCCUUGAUACUUCAUAAUAAAGGUCAAGUUUUUUAUAAAAAAAGGAAGUUUCUCCAGGCUUUAAAUCUUUAUCAACAGGCUGUAGACAUUUUAGAGAGAGAGAUAGGCACACCGAAUCGUUAUAUUGCAGAAGUUUACAGAAACAUUGGACGAGUAUAUUUGUAUAAAAAGGAACUCGACAAAGCUCUUCAUUGGCAACAGAAAGCGUUAGAAGUAAGAAACAAUUGUUUAUCACCAGAUGAUGUUGUUUUUGCCUUCAGUUAUGAAGAGAUAGCUAAUAUUUAUUCGCGUAAAGAACAAAAUGAAGAAGCUCUUCAGUAUUAUCUUCAAGCGUUAGAAUUGAGAGAAAAAUCUUUACCACCUAUUCAUCAUAAUACAGCCUGGAGUAUCUAUCAAGUUGGUAAAAUGUAUUACAAGAUGAGCAAUCCAAAAGAAGCUCUUCAUUAUUAUGAAAAAUCACUUGAAAUGACCAAAAAAUGCUUUCCUGCUUCUCAACUUCACACUGCGCCUGCUAUUCUCGAAGAUAUUGCAUUGAUUCACGGCUACAACUCGGAAGAAGCAUUGCAACGUCGAAUAGAAGCACUAGAAAUUCAGAAGCAAUUGAAACCCAUUAAUUAUUCAUAUCUGAUUCGUAUCCUCGACAACAUUACCUUUACCUACAAGUCACAAGGUCAUAUAGAAAAUUCACUCAACUUUUACAAAGAAGCUAUACAAAUUCAAAAAGAAAAACAACUUGAUGGUGAAUUAUCUUUGGCUAAAAAAUUUAACAAAUUAGCUCGUGAAUAUGAGGCAAUUGGCAAUAUGACAUGCGCACUUCACUGUUACCAAGAAGUAAUUAGCAUUAAUCAACGUUAUUAUCCUCCUUCCCAUUAUCUUUGCAAAAAGACCACAAGCAAUAUUAAACGAAUUAAACAAAGGCUUCAAUGA